ACUCUGCGGUUUAACAGACACAAAGUCAGAACGCUCUGAACUGUGAGACGCUGCAGAGACAGGAGACGACAACUUGACCUUCACUGAACGACCUCAUCGCCAUAAACAAAAUUUCCGAUCACAUGACCUCCAUGGCUGACAUCAUCACGGCAUUUCCUUCUGAGGAGUCGUUCUCCAUCAGCCCGUCACCCACCACCUUUGAUGAUGACGACUACGAAGACUUGUUCUGUGACCAGGGGUCGGUGCGGGAGUUCAGGAGUCACUACGAGCCACCGCUCUUCUGGAUAAUCACCGUGGUGGGUGGAGCUGGAAACCUGGCUGUGGUGUGGAUCUACCUGAACUUCCGCCGGCGGCUCAAGACUAUGACGGACGUGUACCUGCUGAACCUGGCGGUGGCUGACCUGCUGUUCCUCAUCACACUGCCGCUGUGGGCAGAUGAGGCGAUGCACGGCUGGAGUUUUGGCUCUGCCCUCUGCAAGGUGAACUCCGCCCUCUACAAAGUGAACCUGUUCAGCAGCAUGCUGCUGCUCACCUGCAUCAGCGUUGACCGCUACGUGGUCAUCGUGCAGAGCACCAAGGCUCAGAACUCACAGGUGGAGCGACGCCGCUGCAGCACGCUGAUGUGUGUGGGGGUGUGGUUGCUAGCGCUGCUGCUCGCCUUGCCCGAGUUCAUGUUCGCCACCACCUCCGAGGUGGAUUCGCGGGAGUACUGCAGGAUGGUGUUCCCGCAUCAUGUGGGCAACCGCACCAAGAUCCUGGUGCUGUCGCUGCAGGUGAGCAUGGGCUUCUGCCUGCCCUUCUUUGUCAUGGUGUUCUGCUACAGCAUCAUCGUCGCCAAGCUGCUCAAGACCCGCAACUUCCAGAAGCACAAGGCCAUGCGUGUCAUCCUCGCUGUGGUGAUUGUCUUCAUUGUGUCCCAGCUGCCCCACAACGGCGUACUUGUGAUGCAGGCCACACAGGCCUCCAGCAUGACCAUGACGGACUGCGAGGAGAUGAAACGCUUCAACACGGUGGAGCAGGUGCUGAAGAGUCUAGCCUACAUGCAUGCGUGCCUCAACCCCUUCCUCUACGCCUUUGUGGGCGUGCGUUUCCGCCGCGACAUGUUGCAGCUGCUGCGUGUUUGCCGCUGCCAGCCACCGGCCAAUAAGGGUCAGCUGAGUAAGUCCUGCAGGAGUCCGCUGAACUCGACCAGAGCCUCUGUCAUGUCGGACAGCGACACCUCGCAGGCACUGUCGCUCUAGAGACACCGACCGCUGCAACUUCCUGUUUGUGCUGCAGCAGCUGCGGUUUAACUGUGAUGUCGACAGAUGAUAUCAUCAAUCCUUCAUGUUUCCUGUGCAUAUUAAAGGCUUUUCAAAUUAAGGUGUUUUCAGGGGGUUUAGUUUUUCAGAUUAAAAGAUGAGUGAAGGAAACACUUAGAUCCAAAUGUUGUGAGGGGAAAUUAAGGGAAAAUUUUAACGGAUUUUUGUGUCAGUGAAGUUUGUUGACACAUUUAAACCAAAAAACAGCUGAACUGGAACAUUUAAGGCCUUGAAUGUAUCAUAUUGACAUUAUAGGACUUCCAGGACUUUGUCAGGACCUUUCCAGGACUUUCUCAGGACUUUUUCAGGACUUUUGUGAAACCUUUCCAGGACUUUCUCAGGACUUUUGUAAAACCUUUCCAGGACUUUUUUUGUGGACUUGCCUGUAUAUUGAAUGUGAAAGUCUUUUAUGGACAAACUGUGAUUUUUCGCUGCUGUUUUCAGAAACUGUUUGGUCAUGUGACCUCUGUUUUCCUCAGAUGUUCAGUGUGUUGCAUCAUCAUCCUGUUUGAACAGGAAACGCAUCACAUGAAGGAGGUAAGGACGAGUCAAGAUGUCUGUGACAAUAAUGUGAUUUAUCUCUCAGUCUGCUGAAUGUUAAAUGUGAAGAACAGAAAGAAAUGUUUCAACGGCCGUGCUAACAGAUGCUAACAGAUGCUAACAUGUGUCUCUGGUGGUGUACAUAUUUUUCUGUAUGUUUCUUUGUGGUGUCCUGAAACAUGAGGCGUCUCUGUGUGACUCACACUGAGAUGAAUGUGAUGUAAGCGGCGUGGCGUGUGCAGUGACAAACAUUAAAGCGUGUACAAAGCGUG